AAAACUAAAGGGAAAGGAAUAAAUUGUUUCGGAUUAGCGACAAAACAUCUUAAAAAACAAGACUGAGUCCAGUUUUCCUUCUGCUUUGAGUUCAGAUUGCAGUAAAUAUUUGUUUGUUUAAAAAUGUAUAUGUUUUAUCAACUUUAUCCCUUUUGAAAUAAAGAAAAAAAUAAUUUUAUCUGUAUUUUUCUGACAAACUCGACAUUUUUAGCUGGACAAUUGUACUUCAUCCAGCCUCUGUAUUUCUUGGAUUUGCUGCAGGAACAGCAUGUUUGAUUCUCUCUUAUAAUUUUUUUGUUGUAUCAAGAUAUGGGAAUAAGGAUCCAAUUUAGUACCACAUAUGAAAGUGUUGAAAAUAAAUGAAUUAAUCAAUUUAGACCACCAUGAAAGUCACAUUCGUCCUCUGCGGCUUUGUCACUUUUGCUGUAAACCUGAUUGCUACAUCUACAACACCUUUUUUAUUUUUAUUUAUUUUUUUCUAGAAAAUCAAAUGUAAUAAUAUAAGUUACAUUUAAUUUCUCUCCGGGAUUAAUAAGGUAUUUUUUGAAUUAAAGGAUUACUUUUACUUUUAGAUUUAAUGAAAACAAAUCCCUUCCAUUUAAAUCCGGCAUUUUGCAGAAAAGAAAAGAAAACAUUUCUUUUCUUGUUGGGGUUGUAUUAUGACUCUUCCUACGGUUUGUAGCCAUAUUUAAAGUUUUUUACACGUAUUUUAUUUUUUUCACUGCGGCAGCGUGAUUAUGCUCGGGGUUGCGCACGGGAGCGCGCAGAGCGUUCUCUGCGGUUUCCAUGGUUACGGCAGAUAUCAACAGGGCACGGAGGAAGAGGUGUCCGGCUGCGACUCUUCACGUUUUGACCCGUCCGGGUUCCGCCUUAAAUAUUCCUCCCGAACCCUGGACUUCGGAUGAGAGUCGAGCUCCGGUUGACUGAUCUUUGUUGGUAUCUGCCAAGCAGCUGAAUGAGUCUGGAUCUGACAGAAAUGAAGAACGGCUCUCACACGCUGCCACCUUUCUCCUCGUCUCUCGCUGCUCUCGGAGACUCUCUGACCUUGACCUCCUCACCCCCGUCUCUCCCUCUGUCACCCGUCUCGUUCCCUCCCUCCCCCAUCUCUCUGUCUCCGGCUGCAGCAGAGUCCGCUCGUUCGUCCUCUCCUGUUUCAGACCUUGCCGCCUCUCAGUGCCUGGGACAGAGGGACACGUCCGACCAGGAUGACCUGACCUGUCUGAGCUGGCUGCACCAGAGGGGCGACCUGCUGCCCCUGCAGCCUCUGACCAAAGUGACCACGUUACCCGGGCAACACCCCGGGCAGCUUCCUCCUCCUGUGGCAGCCUCCUCCAAGCCGCCGUACUCCUUCAGCAGUCUCAUCUUCAUGGCGAUAGAAGAUUCUCCUCAGAAGAGGCUCCCGGUGAAGGACAUCUAUGGGUGGAUCGUGAGCAACUUUCCGUACUACAGGACGGCCACCGGCGGCUGGAGGAACUCGGUGAGACACAACCUGUCGCUGAGCAAGAGCUUCCGUCGCAUUCAGAGGGACAAGAGCCAGUCGGUGGGGAAGGGGUCGCUGUGGUGUGUGUGUCCAGAGUAUCGGCCGGCACUGCUGGAGGGUCUGAGGAAGACCCACAGCUAUCACGGCACCAGCAGCUGUCUGAUCAACAAGCCUGCACUGUUAGAUGGAACCAGCUACGAGGUUCCUUCAGUGUGCGACACGGUGGAGAUCUCAGACUCUCUUUCUCACGCCCUGCUCCUUUCUAGUUCCUCUCCCCAAAUGCACACGCCUUUCUCCGAAGACCUGCCGUGCCCUUUGACCCCGGAUCACGAGGAGCUGGUCACCAUGGAGCCGCACGAAUACCAGCCGCACGAAGUCAGCGAAGACACCGAAAAGGACCCGCUGUCCGACAGCGGCUACAUCGAGCUGCAUUACUACGAGUCCGACCAGUGCCAGUACCUGGUGCUGCCCAGCGAAUCCGAACUGGACCUGGAGACUGUGGAGAUCCUGCAGCUGGACGUGGAGGCCCAGGAAGCUGCCGGGUCCCUGUUGGACCUUGCAGGUGGCGUAUAUUAGCUCAAUUAACCCAGAUGUUUCAGUCAUUAACACGUGUUUCCCCUUUAGACUUUAUUGUAUUAUGAGAUGUUAGAAUGGAAAGAAA